GUCUCGCCCCGCCCAGGAAGGCCUUGUUGAUUAUUCACAAGCGCCGAAGGCGAGUUUCAGCCAGAAAAGGCGGUUGAGUCCCAGUCACUGGAAGGCGUCAACCGGCUGAGGUUAGAUUUGUUAAAAGAAUCCUGAUACAUUACUAUCAUGGCCACUGUUCAGCUCUCUCGCUCUAUCAGAAUUCACAAGACAUCUAAGAAAACAGUUUUCCCAUCUCAAAUCACUAAUGAGCAUGAGUCACUGAUAAUGGUGAAGAAACUUUUUGCUACUUCUAUCUCAUGUAUAACGUAUCUACGCGGCCUAUUUCCAGAGAGCUCUUACGGAGAACGCCAUUUGGAUGACCUCAGUUUAAAAAUCCUGCGAGAAGAUAAAAAAUGUCCUGGGUCACUGCAUAUUAUCAAGUGGAUUCAAGGUUGUUUUGAUGCCUUGGAAAAGAGAUACCUACACAUGGCAGUACUUACACUUUACACAAAUCCUAAGGAGCCUGAGAAAGUGACUGAGAUAUACCAGUUCAAAUUCAAAUACACAAAAGAAGGAGCCACUAUGGAUUUUGACAGCAGUAACACAAGCUUCGAAAGUGUGACAAACAGUGAAGAUAUUAAGAAAGCCAGUGUCCUGCUGAUCCGUAAACUGUACAUACUGAUGCAGAACCUUGGACCCCUUCCUAACGAUGUUAUACUGACUAUGACACUCCACUACUACAAUGCAGUGACCCCAAAUGAUUACCAGCCCCCUGGUUUUAAAGAAGGAGUAAACUCACACUUCCUGCUGUUUGAAGGGGAGCCUGUAAACCUGCAGGUGGGAAUGGUCUCCACUGGCUUUCAUAGCAUGAAAGUAAAAGUCACAACCGAAGCCGCCAGAGCGUCUGAUCUGGAGAACAAUCCCUUCCAGGAGAGCGACACGACCGAGAUAGCCCAUCAGGGCCUCGACUGCGAUGAGGAGGAGGAGGAAUGCAACAGUGACAUUCAAAGAAUGAAUUUCAUGUGCAGUCAGCAAAGUUCUGAGAGAUCCAGAAAGAAGAGGAAGGUCAGCGAACCAGUGAAAGUCUUCAUCCCUGACAGAAAGUGAAACUUGGCUGCCUUUGCUACUUUUAUUCUAAAAUAAGUCCAUUUUGCAACAAGUGUGCAUGAAGUGUCUUAGUAGGAAAGUAAGUUUCUAUCACCAAAACCCUUUACUAAAUGUAUUGCUCAACUUUCUGUGUUAAUUCACUAAGUGCUGAAUGACCAGGUAGGACAUGGGUUCACUUGGCCACAAGGAAACGAGGUCACCAGGACUGCUUGGGGCCAGCAUUGCUUUGAGGCAGAGUUAGAGAUGAGACACCCUUUAUAGCUGGAAAAGAACCACAGCAGCUCUUUGGAAGAGAAACAAGCUGUCCUUCUCAAAGGAAAGAGGGUUUUCUUUGCAUAAUUCAACUCCCCAGGUGCUCAGACGACCGCAAAAGGUUUUAACUUGUUGUAACCUGUGUGCUGGAAUCCCUCUGCAGUUCAUUAGAAUUCCCACAGAAUCGCAUAGCGUGUGUGUGGCGGUGCUGAUCCUGUGUGAUUCCUGUGUUAACUUCAAUCACGAGGUUAAUCAGCUAAGUGUUGGACCAAAGUGUAGUCUCCCUGUAGAGUUCCCCGAAGCCGGCCCUGCGCCGCCUUCUGCUGGCCAGCCCGAGACAGGAACCGGCUGCAACGCAGGAGCCUGGUUCCCUUCCGAGAGGCCCUGUGGCACACUUCCCCCACCCCAAACUUCAGCUCAUCAGUCUGUAACCUGCAGAUGAGGCCCCCAGUCCUCCUGUCCUUC